AUGAAGUGGCGCACGCAGGAGGACUUCUUGGCGGUGGCCUCGCUUAUUCUGCUGGCCCGCAAGCACGGCAUUGCCACUGCUGGCGGACCAGACCGCGUUGAUGUGGAAGAUGAUGAGGGGGGCGAGCAGCUGUGGGGUCGGUUGCCGCUGGAGGUGGUGGUGUACAUGUUCGAGCGCUUCCUGCCGCGCACCCCGCCCUCCUUCCGCUGGCGGCCCAGCGCGCCCACGCUACAGUACAACGAUGAGCCGCCACACCACCUCGUCGCCGCCAGCAGCGACGACUACAGCCAACGCAGUGGCUACCUGAACAGGAUCACGCGAGAGCCGUUGCGGCGGACGCGGCCGAACUACGUGGAGGUGCUGGUGGAGCAGGGACGCGGCCGCUCGCUCUGCUUCGGCAUCGCAGAGCGGUCCGUCGAAGCCUCCUCCAUCCCCAUCGGUGGCGUGGGCGCCAAGUGGCGAAGCUGGGGCUGGGUGAGCCGAGGGCUGCUCUACUUCAACCAGCCCGGCCGCCUGGUGCCGGGACCCGAACUCGUCACGGGGGAGUCGGCGUGGGCCUACAGGCAGGGCGACCGGGUGGGGAUCUACGUCGACCUGCAGCGCGGACGGCUGGCCUUCUUCCUGAACGGGCGCCAGAUUGCCCCGGCGCACGACGACCCCGACCUUCAGUCGUGCCUCGAGCCGCUCCACCCGGCCGUGGACCUCCGCGCACUGCAGAGCUUCGGCGGGCGAGGCUAUAAGAUGGUGCUGCAGCAGCGCCUCGAAAUUCCCGCACUCGCCGGCGGCGACGAGGAGCUCGGACUCCUCGAGUCGCGAGCCGCCCUUUCCUCGGUGGAGCACUCCGACCUGGAGGCGCCGACGAGUCUGCAAUCGCAAGACUGA